AUGAUGAACACAGCGGUUAUUGGUCUGAUCGCUGGGAUUUUACUGGUAGUUCAAUCGUAAGUUGAGCCAAGAUUUUUGUAUAACCAAUCAAAAAAGUUACAAGUCUUUUACAAAGUUUGUUUUGGCCUUUUUUGGUAAAAUCUCGUUUUGUUCAAAAUCGCAGAAAAAAUCAAAGAUUUCGGGUGCUUCAUGGCUCUUUAUAAUAUUCUUUUCAUCAUAGCAGGCUUAUAACUUAUCGUCUUCUUUCUUCUUAUUCAUCAGAAUUACCAUUUUUAGCCGACAGAUUCCCCCAUUCCGCAAUGAUGACAAUGACGGGGAAAUCUGGGCAGUUCUGGUCGCUGGAUCCAAUUCCUGGUGGAAUUAUCGACACCAAGCCGACAUCUGCCAUGCCUACCACAUCUUGAGGAAUCAUGGAAUCCCAGAAGAUCAUAUAAUCACCAUGAUGUACGAUGAUAUUGCACAUAACGAGGAGUAGGUUGAUUUUUUGGUUGAGAAUGAUAGGAACUUUCGCACAGAAAUUGGUCAGCCUUGAUUGCUUUCCAAAGACUCUAAUAAUGUACCUCCUUAUUGUUAGUAACUUCAUUUACUUAUAAGAAUUUUAAUUUUUCCUCCAACUCUUUCAGAAACCCCUACAAAGGCAAGAUUUUCAACCAUCCGAACGGGUCUGAUGUCUAUGCGGGUGUAAAGAUUGAUUACACGGGAGAUGAUGUGAAUCCAGAGAACUUCUUGAAGGUUUUGAAGGGAGAACACAAUGGAGGAAACAGAGUUUUGAACAGCACUGAGAAGGAUCGAGUGUUCGUCUACUUCUCUGAUCAUGGAGGACCUGGAAUUCUCAGCUUUCCAUCGGAUUCGGUAAGUAAAGUUUGGAGGUAAAAUACGCUGCGUAAAGACUUUAGGUAAAGUGUUUCUCUUGUUGGUCUUAAUGACGUUUUUGCGUCUUACAUGGGCAAGCUGCAUGAUGUUUUCAGAUUAGAGUCAAGUCUACCUUUUUUUGAGUCAACUGUUUCUCGCUAAGGUUAAUUUCAAAAAUUGGUGAAAUAGACCACAUAGACCACUGCGUACAUUGACAAAAAAUUUUAUCCAGAGACACCCUCCAAAACCCCUCAAACUCCUACUUUUUUUCAGCUAACAGUCAAGGAUCUCAGCGCCACGCUCCACGAAAUCCACGCCAAGAACUCGUACAAGGAGCUUGUCCUCUACGUGGAGGCCUGUUAUUCCGGCUCUAUGUUCCAGGGAUUCCUCCCCAAGAACACAAACAUCUACGCGGUCACCGCGGCCAAUGCCGCCGAGAGUUCGUACGCCUGUUAUUGCGACAGCAAAAAGUUGCGCGGCGUCUGUUUGGGCGACUUGUUCUCGGUGAAUUGGAUGGAGGAUUCGGAUCGUGAGGACAUCGAGAAGGAGACUCUGUCGACUCAGUUUGAUAUUGUGAAGAAAGAGACGGCCGACAGCCAUGUUAUGAAGUUUGGAGACCUUCAUUUUGUGUCCGAGCCGGUUGGGGAUUUCCAAGGGAGGGAGGAGUACAUCAAUAAGAGUUUGGCUGUGCCGAGGGUAAGUUGGAGAUAUAGGAUGACUUUAGGAACAAAGGCAAAAUCCGACAAUUGCCUUCAACUGCAAAAAUGUCCACUUUUAUUUCCAAAAAUCAAAGAAACAUUACGUAUUUUGGGGAUAAACAAACCCUUUUUUUCCAAAUCCAAAUGGCCAAAGCGUCAGGCCAGAGUUCAUUCCCCUUUCAAAAUAAAAAGGGGUGCAGAUAUCAGAUGAUUCUAAACAUAUCAUUCAUCGAUCACAAGCUUCAUUUUUUGGGAAGGUUCCUUGAAAGAGAUCUUAAUCACAGGUGACAUUUUAUACGACAAAAAAUAUUUGUGGAAUAUUUUUUGUAAAAAUUUGUGUCCCUAAAGGACACGGUAACUUUCCAGAAAUUCGAUUAUCUAGUGCAUUGUACGAAUUGAUAAGUAAUCUUAUACCGAAAACUUUUGCUAAACAAAUAAACUCGUAAAACUCGAGUAAUACCGGUAAACAACGACAAGACUUUGGUCAUUGUAAUGCAAUGUGAUCACCGAAAAGAAAUAAAAAUUGUAUCUUAGGGAUCGGCAAACAACUACGCGAAAUGGCGCUCCACAGAUGUCCCAAUCAAAAUGCUCGAGGCCAAGCUGCAGAGAGUGAAUUCGGCCGAUGAACAGCAAGACAUUGAAGACCAGAUUGAGGAGAUUACCCAGAAAAGAAAUGUGUUCAGAUUCCAUUUCAACGCUUUCAUCAAGAAAUUGGUCAACGAUCCAAUCAAUCGAAGAAAUGUCCUUAGGAAUAAAGGAGAGCCCAUCAAGAACUUGGAAUGUCAUGAUGCGGUCUUCAAGGCAUUCAACAGGAUCUGCUACAACAUCGCUAAGGUCAGGAAUCAUACUUUUGUCCCAAAUUUUUCUCCAAAUUUCUUGAGUGAAAUUUUGAGUCGUUUACUAUGGGGAUUACUGCAACAUUAUAGGGGAUUGGUUCUUUUUAGUAAGCGUUGAAACGAACCCAGAAAAAGUCAUCUUAUUUGGUCUUAAACUCUGUCUCCACUGGAUAGCUAUGGCAGAACUAGAACGUUCAAAUUUUCAUUAUCUUAAAAACUAUCUAUUCCAUUUCCAGAACCCCUACGUGAUCGACCAUUUACACGCUCUGAACAACAUGUGCAACCGAAAGAUCCCGACUCAAAGAAUCAUCGACGAAAUGAUGGACCACUGUUUGGAUACUCCUGUACAAUUUGUCUUGUAA